AAGGUAUUCAUUCCUUGUGCUGUCUCCAAAAUUCACGCUAGUUGCUCUUUUCAAUUUUUCCAUAAUUCAUCAACAUAAAUAUUUUUAGAUUCAUUACCGGGUCGAAAAAACUAGCCAGAUGUUGUUGCUGCUGAUAACUUUGAUUUUUCUUCAAAAAGGAGGUGCAAUAAGCCUAGAUUUACUGCUUCAAAAUUGGAAUUUUUACCCAUGGAAGUUCCUACCGAAAGGGAAAGCAGAAUGGACUUUCUGCCAAAUGUCUCCAGCUGUCAUCAAUGCUGUCACAGACUCUCACAAUAAGCUCAGAGCAAAGGUUGCCAAACGCAAUCUGAGAAAUGCAUUUUUUGAAGGCAUACCUGGAUCAAAAACUCUUUUCAAGCUGAAGUAUGACUGCACACACGAACAACUUGCACGCGGCACCAUUGGGAACGAUUGUAAACAUUCCAGCAACUACAUGAAAAAAAUAGGAAAAGGAGAAAACUUUAUUAGAUAUAAGGUUGCUAAGAAGCCAAACGUGGCCAAACAAAAGAAACUUUUUGCAAGGGCUGUCGAGAGCUGGAUGAAUACGGUAAAGCGACCUCUAAGUUCAGGCGUGGUGUAUACUGAUACUGAUACGGAACCUUUCGCUAAUAUGAUUUACAACAAGACGCUGAAGUUUGGCUGCUCAUUUUUGUUCUGUGACGAAACGAGAUGGGCUGCUCUCGCAUGCGUCUAUGAUAACAGGCCAAAAAGCGGUAAACCACUGUACUGGGCAGAUUCAAGAAGUAGUACCGGAUGUGAAAGAUCUGAGCCCUGCAAAGAAGUUAUCGGGGGAACAGAUGUAAAUUGCGACACUUUUUCUGGACUUUGUGAUCAGGAUCCUCCCACCUCUCGUAGGUCAAAGUUAUGA